AUGCGUAUCAACAUUGCGGCCCUCGCCCUCGCCUCUAGUUUGACUACUGGCAUGGCAACACCUGCACUAGACCGUCGGAAAUAUACGGGCGAUAUGUCUUUACCAGAGGAAAAUGGACUCGCGAUCGAACAAACGCCUCCAACAUGCAACGGCGUUGCAUGUAUCGGUCUGACAGGAACACUCACUUGUGUCCUCUCCGCCAUUUCAGGUGGAGAUACUACUGCAUUACAGCAUUGCCUUUCAGGAGGAUUAAGUGAAAUUUGCUCUUGCGCUGCCUGCAUUCCGCAGGUGAACAACUUUCUUCAAGCUUUGGGUAUCUGCGUCACUGGUCUUGAUAUGGAUAACAUCACUGCUUCUUCUUUGUCCCUUCUCUUCACGGCUUUGUCGGAGAUGAAGACUACUGCCAUAACAACUACUAAGUUUGAUGCCUCCCAAAUAGUUCCUGUGUCCUCUACUUCUAAUUAA